AUGGAUCGAUCCGUUACGUCGUCGAGGCCGUUACACUCUGCUCAGCAGCCUUCGGCAAAUGCUACUGCUAAUGUCAACAUCGCAAAUAAUGACAACAUCAUUCAACAGGCGAUGGCGCUCCUCACGGCAUUGCAGCAGGGAGCAGCGAACCGGCGUACGCCUCCUCCGGAGCCCAACCGACCCGCAGGACAAUCGGCACGGGCGCCCAACCAGCCCCCACCAAUGGCGCCCGACGUGAACGACAAUCCCCCCGCCGCCCUCGUCGACUCCGACGACGAAGGUAAUCAUCGCGCUCGCAUUGCUGUCCCAUCCAAUGCUGCUACUGCCCUUGCACCUAUUCCACCUGCCCGUCCACAGCUUCGAUCCGCACUAGUUAAGAGCGAUGGCAUCCGCACUCAGGUUUUUAGCUUUGAACGCAUUGAGCUUAUUGCCCGCCACACGCUCGCAGCCCUCUUCGCCUCAGUUGAAGGUCACGAGCAGAUUGCAACCUACUAG